AUGGGGGGACCCGCUGGCACUCAAAUGCCGAGUCCUCGCCAACCCUUGCUGCUACUGCUGCUGUCGCUAUGGCCAGUUUGGGCCCAGAUGCCCACCGAGGCGGCCUGGUGGGGAGCCCCCGAUUGCCCCGAGGCGUGUGCGUGCGCGCCGGGCGGCGAGGCUAACUGUUCGGGGCGCGGCCUGACCGCCGUGCCCGCGGGUCUGGGCCGGCGCGUGCGUGCCCUGGUGCUGGCCCACAACCGCGUGCAAGCGCUUCCGCCCUUGGCCUUUGUGCCCGCGGGCGGGCUGCUGCGUCUGGACCUCCGCAGCAACGGGCUGCUGCGGGUGCACGCGCGUGCCUUCUGGGGUCUGGCGGCCCUGCAGCAGCUCGACCUAGGCGCCAACCGGCUGGAGGCGCUGGAUCCGGGCACCUUCGCGCCGUUACGCGCACUGCGCACCCUCUCGCUGGCGGGCAACCGACUGGCGCGCCUGGACCCCGCGGCCCUGGGUGCGCUCCCGAUGCUGCGGGAGCUCGGCCUGCAGGACAACUCGCUGGCGGCCCUGGCGCCCGGCGUGCUGACCGCCCUGCCCGCACUCCGCGCCCUGCGCCUGCCGCGCAACCCCUGGGUCUGUGGCUGCGCGCUGCGCCCGCUCUGCGCCUGGCUCCGCCGCCACCCGGGGCCCCAGCCAGAGACGGAGACGCCAAUGUGCGCGUGGCCGGGCCGCCCGACGCCCAGGCCCCUGGCCGCCUUCCCCGACGAGGCCUUCAGCCACUGCUCGCAGCCGCUCACCCCGCGGGACCUGGCCGUGGUCUACGUGCUCGGGCCGAUCUCGUUCCUCGCCAGCCUGGCCGCCUGCCUGGCGCUGGGCUCCGCGCUCACCGCUUGCCGCCGCCUUCGCCCCCUCGCCACCCGUCCCGCACCUCCCCGGCCACCGAAGCCGAAGCCCGCAGACCCUGGAAACCAGCCGGCCCCGCGGGCCUGA